CAGAAAUCCAGGCCGAGUCUUCGCCGUGCCCAGUUUUCUGCUCAGUUUACUCCUAUCGCGGCUGCAGCAACAGAGCGUGCUGUCAGGUGCUGAGAGAAGCCACUCGCCAAACGUCUCAGCGACCCUCUUCAUCACCAGACAGUUUGGUAGUAGACACUUUUUCGAUCAUUUUCGGAUAAUGUUGUAGGAUUAACUACGUUUUAUUCCGUCCAAAUACUGCUGUCGGCGAUCAACCUGAAGUGAACUGUGUUGAUGUGGAGGCUAAUAAACUGGGAUUUCAAUGCACCAGUCCAGAUCAACUUAAAAUGUCCAGUUAAACAGGCUGCAGCUGCCUGACCUCCCGCUUGGACGCUCCCGGUAGAUGCCCUUAGCCCGCUCUCUCCCUCCACCCUCGCCACCACCGCCAUGAAGGGUCUGUCCAGCAGCCGCAGCCACCACCACGUGAUGGCCUGCGAGCCCUCGUACGACGUGAUGGGCUACCACGCCGAGCGCAGCAAGCCGUACCUCAUCAGCCAGGUGGACGCGCCCCACCCGGCCGACCACCCCUACUACGCCCAGCGCAGCGUCACCUCCUCGCCCUACCAGCCCGACUGCGUGGUGCCUUACGGGACCUUCCCGCGCCGCCACUACAGCUCGCACCACGAGCUCAAGGACGAGUGCGCCCUGGUCCCUUACACUGGCGGCGGGGGCAGCGGCAGCGGCUCGGUCAAGGGCAACCGGCUGCCCGUCAACCUGCUGGACCAGUUUGAGCGGCAGCUGCCGGCGGUGGCGUCGCGCGACGGCUACCACACGCUGCAGUACAAGCGCACGGCGGCGCUGGAGCAGCGCAGCGACAGCCCCGGCCGCAUCCGCCACCUGGUGCACUCCGUGCAGAAGCUCUUCACCAAGUCGCACUCGCUGGAGGGCCCGCACCAGGUGCACCACCACCACGCCAAGGGCAGCGUGAACGGCGCGGGCGGAGGAGGGAGCUGCAAGGUGAGCCCGGACAGCGAGACCCCGACACUGCGGCAGCGCAAGCGCAGCAAGAGCCGCGAGCGCUGCAAGUCGGCCGAGCCCAAGAACCGCUCGUCACCGCACGUGCCGGCCUCGGGCUACUGGAGCUCGGACGAUAACCUGGAGCGGGACGUGUGCCUGUACCGCAGCCCCACGGUGCCCACGGCCGGCGUCAUGACCAUGGGCCGGCACCCGGACAAGUCGCAGUCGCAGUACUUCCUGGAGGCCUACAACACCAUCAGCGAGCACACGCUGAAGACAUCGCGCAGCAACAACGACGUGGGCAAGUGCUCGACGUGCGCCAUCGGCGGCGGCGGUGGCAUUGCCGGGCCACUGGCCGUGGAGGCCGCCCAGCAGCUGGUCAAGAAGAGCUCGUGGUCGUCCUCUCUCACGGUGAGCAGGGCCCGGGAAGUCUACCAGAAGGCCUCGGUGGUAAAUGUAGAUAAGGCGCUAGUGAAAGCUGAGGCUUGUCAGCAGGAGCGCUCUUGCCAAUACCUGCAGGUGCCGCAGGACGACUGGGGCGGAGGCUUCACGCCGCUGGCCAAGGAGGACGACAUCCCGUGCCGGCGCAUGCGCAGCGGCAGCUACGUCAAGGCCAUGGCGGAGGACGACAGCGGCGACUCGGACGGCAGCCCCAAGCCCUCGCCCAAGAUGCAGGCGCGGCGGGCCAGCUACCUCAAAGCCACGCAGCCCUCGCUGACCGAGAUGACCACUCUAAAGAUCUCCACUGAGCACUCGCCGAAGCUGCAGAUCCGGAGCCACAGCUACCUGCGGGCGGUGAGUGAGGUUUCCAUCAAUAGGAGCCUGGACAGCCUGGACCCCAAAGCCCUGCUCGCCUCACCCCAAUACCGCUCGCGAAACGAGAGCUACAUGAGGGCAAUGAGCACCAUCAGCCAGGUGAGCGAGGUGGAGGUGAAUGGGCAGAUCGAGGCCGUGUGCGAGUCGGUGUUCAGCGAGAUGGAGUCGCAGGCGGUGGACGCGCUGGACCUGCCAGUACCCGGCUGCUUCCGCAUGCGCAGUCACAGUUACGUGCGCGCCAUUGACCAGGGCUGCUCGCAGGACGACGAGGUCGGACCGCUGUUACCCGCCUCGCCGCCCCGGACCACCACCACCGUCCGGACCAUCCAGAGUAGCACAGUCUCCUCCUGCAUCACCACCUAUAAGAAGACUCCUCCACCCGUGCCCCCGCGCACCUCCACCAAGCCCUUCAUCUCCAUCACAGCGCAGAGCAGCACUGAGUCGGCGCAGGACGCCUACAUGGAGGGCAGCGUGGGGCCGCGGGGAGCGGGCGGUGGCAGCGGUGAGGGCCGGGCACUGCACUCGGGCCUCAGCAACUCCACGGAGAGCAUCGACAGCAUGAAGGCUCUGACCGCCGCCAUCGAGGCCGCCAAUGCCCAGAUCCACGGGCCGGCCAGCCAGCACGUGAGCAGCAGCAGCGCCAUCGCCAUGGCCCUCUCGCUGGCCAGCUCCAGCGCCUGCACCUCGGCCUCGCCCUCCCCGGCGCCCUCCAUGGCCAUCGCCGCCACCGCCAUACCCGCCCUGACCAUGGGGUCGGACACGGGCCCCUCCAUCAUGCUGUCCUCGCUCCCCCAGCUGCUGCCCUCAGCGGAGGAGGCGCGCCGCGAGGCCCUGCGCAAGAGCCGCUGCCUCUCCAUCGGCAUCCAGGUGGAUGGACCAGAGGAUACUCCAGAUUCAGAGGACCCGUCCAAAUUCCAGUCAGUGGGAAUUCAAGUGGAGGAGGAAAGAGCCUACAGACGCUUCACACGCUCCAACAGUGUGACCACGGCCGUGCAGGCCGACCUGGACACGCACGAGUUGUCGGAGAGCCCCGGCGAGUCGCCCGACGCAGAGCUGCCCGACGCCACGGCCUCAGCCUCGGCCUCAGCCUCGGGCUCGUCCACCCCGGGCAUCCUGUCGCGGCAGUACUCGCGUGACGCCGCCACGUCCACUGUCAGCAUCCAGGGCUCGGGCAACCACUACCACGCGUGCACCUCCGACGACUACGAGGACGUGGUGGGCUUCGACCCGUCCAUCCUGCCGCCACCCGACCCGUGGAUCGACAGUGUGACGGACGACCCGCUGGAGGUGGUGGGCCGCUCGGUGUGCCAGCGCGAUGGACACUGGUUCCUCAAGCUGCUGCAGGCCGAGACCGAGCGCAUGGAGGGCUGGUGCCGCCAGAUGGAGCAGGACGAGCAGGAGAACGAGCUGCCCGAUGAUAUCCUGGGGAAGAUCCGCAGUGCUGUGGGCAGUGCUCAGCUUCUCAUGUCUCAGAAAUUCCAGCAGUUCAGAGAGCUCUGUGAGGAGAACCUGCGUCGGUCCACCCAACAGAACCCCAAUGCCCAUCCCAGGCCCGUGUCCCAGGAUCUCGCUGGGUUCUGGGACAUGUUGCAGCUGUCCAUCGAGAACAUCAGCCUCAAGUUCGACGAGCUGCACCAGCUCAAAGCAAACAACUGGAGACCACUGGACCCGCCUGAGCGCAAGGAGCGCAAGCUGCCUCCCCCAGUGCCAAAGAAACCCCCGAAAGGCCACCCGCCGCUGGCCAGAGACCGCUCUCUGGAGAGCACCGAGAAGCAGCGGCAAGAGGCGCGCAAGCGGCUGAUGGCGGCCAAGCGGGCCGCGUCGGUGCGGCAAAACUCGGCAACGGAGAGUGCAGACAGCAUUGAGAUCUAUAUCCCGGAGGCCCAGACCCGAUUAUAAGCCUCUGUGAUGACUUCUUACACACACACACACACACACACACACACACACACACUUGCUCUUGCACUUGCUCACCACCCUACCACAUUAGAGCCUAGGCCAUAUUAAAGAUUAGCUCCUCAGGCGUACAGUGGACUGUAAGCCACAUGCACACUCACAAACUCAAUCACUCAAAGACUCUCUUACAUCGAAUCAAACUAUAAAUACAUACAUACCAUAUAGAUUUGUAUUCACACUGCCAAUGCCAGGCUGGGGAUGUAGUUACAACAGACACACACAACACACACACACACACACACACACACACACACACACACAUACUCGAAGACAUAUCCAAAUGUUUGAACUGACAGACAAACUUAGACAUAUUUGUAUCUUUUCUUGUAAACGGACAGCCAUCUCAGACACUGACAUAGAGACAUGUGCAUAGCACAAACACACUCAGUGGGAUGGCAUAGGCAUGGGCACAACCCCAGGCACAAACACAGACGCACUUAACACUGAGGUGAAAGGGCAGGGUGCUUGUAAAAUAAUCUCUCAUAUGUCUCUUUUUUUCUGUAGGGGAUAAGAGGAAUGCCACACAUUUAGUUUUCUGUCUCUUUCCUCCACCCCUCCUUAAACCUCCUCAUCCCUCUCUCUCUCUCUCUCUCUCUCUCUCUCUCCAAACCACCAGAUUAUAGCCCUCUAGCAAACGCUUUCAUGUAGGUUCUGUCCAGUAAAAGGAAAAAAAAAAUGUUGAAAAAAAACGGACCCUUCUCAUCAAAAGGUUCUGCCAGUGCCACUGUUUUAUCUCAUGAUCUGCAUCACCAGUCUCCCAUAGGCACCGUCCAGUAUUUAACCCGUUCACCUGGUCAUCGGCCUUCCUGUGAGUCCCCCUCAGCAGGUUACACCCCGUGAUUUUUAUUCCCUCAAAACAAGGCCAAGGCGUUCCAAGAGUGAUUGCUGAAAUGGAAUGUCGACCUAAGACAAAACAUGAGAAUGAACAUCUGCCACAUCAGAGACUCUAAUAAUAGCCAUUCUUUCCGGUUGCGCUGCGCCGGGACUCCUCUGCACACUCGAGGCCAUGUUGUUGUGUGUGGUGUGGAACGGUGCAGUGGGCCCGGUUUGAGAUGGCUGCCUUUCGCACAAUGUUGGAUACCAGAAACAUUUCACAGACUGAUUCACCAGAUGCCACUACUGCCCGUCUGAAGCGAUUCGUCCACCUUUCUUUUUUAUGUUUGAUUGUACCACAAUUGGAAAACAACAAUGGUGAACUCAGAACAGGGUAUAAAAUGCUUAAGCAAUAUUUGUUUGGAGUGCAAACGGACAAACCGUGGCCAUGUGCACACUGUAACCUUGUGGUAUGGAGAUCUUUUUUUGGCAAAGGUUGGCUCACAGAUGAUGAAAAGGAUGAAAAGGAUGAAAAGGAUGCCUUCACUACUCUGUAGCUAAGAUCUGUUUCUGUAGAAUGCUGAUGCUUGCUAUUGUGAACGGGAGUCGUUGCUCUUACCCCAGAGAGAAUGUAUUUUCUCUCUUAGAACCUCUCAUGUCAUUUGUGGCAUAUCCCUAGAACACACACUAUUCGUUCAUGUAUAUUUCAAUAAGCGACUUCCUGGUCUAUUUCUAGAGUGGGGAUCUUAUGUGAAUUUGUAUGUUAACUCUCGGAGGGGCUUUGGCACUCUAAAACACACACACACACACACACAAAACACUAAAAGUAAGUGACAGGACUUCUAAAUGCAAUGUCUCACCUGAUUUUGUUUUUCUACAUGAUCUAUUUCCAGUAGCAAGUUCAGUGGCUUACUGAUUAUUCUCUCAAAACUUUCUCUUGAACUCGGCUGUCUUUCUGGCGUUCGUGGGAAAGGCGUGUUCGUGUAAGCAGGUGUGGUGAGUCCCAGGUGUGGGGGGCACGCGUGCAUCUGAGAGGACCCAUUGAGUCGCCCUGUCUAACCCUGCAGCCUGGUGGACACAGAGCAGUUCAACUCUCAGGAAGAGGUGGGGAUGUGGCUGGUACAGCAAAAAUCAGGGUCUCCUGCUGGUGGUGUUCUCCCUCUGUGUGUGUGUGUGUGUGUGUGUGUGUGUGUGUGUGUGUGUGUGUGUGUGUGUGUGUGUGUGUGUGUGUGUGUGUUUUGAGAGAAUGUGAGCUGGCAAUAUGUCUAUGAUGUGUGGGUAGGUGGGGGGGCUGAAAAUUGAGUAUACUGUAUGAAUGUCUGUGUGUGUGUGUGUGUGUGUGUGAGCGUGCAGGUCUUAAAAAGUGCUUCCUAAUUACUUAGGUUCAUACAAUGUUUAACCUUUCUCAUUCUAUCGGGAUGAAGUCAAGUAGCCUCAUGAGCAUAUACAGUCUGUACAGAACAAUCUCAGCCCCCUCAUCUUUCUUUGGGAGUCCUUGGUGUUUGUACAAAAAAAUGAAAAAUGAAGAGGAUGUUCCUAUAAGCAUGCAGACACACAGUAACAUAGACUUAGAUUGGAUCUCUACUAUCAUUUAUUGUUUUUAUUCACUUGUUUAUUUAGUCAUUUAUUUAUCUAUCUAUUUAUUUAUUAAAUGUAUUUAUUUAAUGACAAUUUAUUUUUUACUGUUUGAAAUAUGUUUAGUGAUCUGUCAUGCUGCCCUCAUUUUGUGAAUAUGUUUUAAUGUAUGUAUAGAUAUUAUACAUUAUGUGCAUAUUUAUGAUGGACACCAAAUAAAAUCAUUAAGGAACUCUC